GUUCUCCGCCGAUUGGCCGAGCCGGAAAUGACGCAGGAUGUCCUAAACAACGGCUGCUGCUGGUGACAUUUUAAAUAUCCAGUGUACGCUAAGCAAGCGCUUUGCCAAAAAAGAAUAAACGGAAAGAAAAAAAAAGAAAAAGUGCCAAUUUUUCUGCUCUUUUCCUGAUUCAUCUGAAGCUCAAUUUUUACGUUCUCGAACGUAUGCUUUGAAAAACAAGCUCUGUAAUAUGUUGUUCACGUCGGGCACGUAGGCACUCUAAAUUUCUUUUUCAGGUUUUCCCCUGCUUUCAAGCAGAGUCCUGUGCCACUUGCCCAGGUAUAUUGUGUGCUUUAUGAUUAGAGACAAGGACAGAACGAAACUGACAUGAAGAUGGCAGAUGCUGUAAAAACUGAAGAUCUUGUGGAUUCUGAAACGCCACCAGAGGUUGCUGUUGAUUCUGGAGUGGAGAGAACUGGAGGAACAGAAGUCCUUAAAACUGAGACCUCUAGUUCAGAAAAGGGAGAAUCUCCCAUCCAAAAUGAUCCAGGUCUUCUUUCUUCUAUGCCUUGCCUACUAAUGGAGUUGAAACGUGACUCUCCAGAGUCACAGCAGGCUUCUACAGAAAGUGAAAAACAAAUUUCUGGAAAAGCCUAUGAAAGUGACUCCUCUAAUCCCUGCAUGUUAUCUCCUUCUUCCAGUGGCCACUUGGCUGACUCUGACACACUGUCUUCAGCAGAAGAUGAGGUCUCUAGAAUAGGAACAUCUUCUAUAGCAGAGGGAGGCGAUCCUAACUCAGAGCCUGGAGGAAUAACUGUGUCAGGAGCUAGAAAGUCCAGACGUUCCCGAUCUGAAAGUGAGAUGUCUUCUGCUGUUAUGGCAGCCAAAAAGAAUCGCUGGCAGGUUACAGGGAGUGAAAAGCAAAAUGGGCGACUAGCCAAAGUCAAGGGACAACGGAGUCAGAAACACAAAGAGAGGAUACGCUUACUGAGACAAAAGAGAGAAGCAGCUGCCCGUAAAAAAUACAAUCUGCUUCAGGAUAGUAGCACGAGUGACAGUGACCUGACCUGUGAUUCUACCACUAGUAGUUCUGAUGAUGAUGAGGAAGAAGCAUCAGGAAGCAGCAAGACAAUCACUGCUGAUAUACCAGCUGGCUUCAACCGUGCUGAAGGAACUGCAGGAGUGACCAGUCAAAUUCAAGGACUUCUGGACAGUGGAGCAUCGUGGGAUCGGAACUGCAUUGGCAACGUCUUGGAGGAAGCUAUGAACCGUUUUGCUGUCAUGCAGCGACAAACUGAAGAGAGAUUUCGUAUGUGGAUGGAGAAACUGACUCGGUUAGACACUGAUGAAGAUAUUAAGCAACCAUCUGAAUCUCAUGAGCCUAAAUUACAGAUUGUUAGCCAAAAGGUGUCCCCUACCAGCCCAUCAAGUACAAUUCUGCAUAUGUCUAGUAGUCAUUUACACACCCCACAAAACUGCACUCCAUACAUAAGUCAAGGUGCGACAAACUGUCGAUAUUGAUGCCUUUCCACUUAAUAACAAUCCUCCUUCCACAUUUUCAGAAAAUGGAAAAUGCUGCUUGUGAAGACCUGAAUCACUCAAACCUCUGAAGCUGAUUUCCGAGGGCUUAAGGAUUAGAUUAUUUUGGAAAUUUUUAGGUUAAGAUUUGUGUUGAUUGCUGACACAAACACAAAUAUAAUAUGUGGCAAUCCACAUUUUGCAUCUCCACAGAAACUUGCUCAGAUAAACCAAUUAAUUUUUUUGUACCUUGUACUCUUUGAAAGGCAGCGAAUUAUUAGUUAUAUGAGGAAUCUCAGGUUUUAGUACAAUUAUUUCAAAAGAUCUUCCAGAAUGUGCAUAGGGCCACACAAUUGCUUACAUCACUGUGAAAUAUGAUAUUCCUAACAAGCUGUAUGCCUUGGCUGCUCCCUAAAAACAGUGCAUAUUUGUAAAGGACAAGCUUCCAAGUUCCUAGAUUUUCUUUUUUUGGUGUUAUGUUAAUAUAGAAUUCAAUCUCCGCCUGUAUUUGUAGCUAUUAUGACUUGCCUAAGUUAUUAACCCUUUUCAGUUGUUUUUUCCCUUCUGAAUUUGCCUACAAUCAGGACUUUAAGUGCUAUUUUAGUCAUUUUACUACUAUAAUGCUCUGACAUUUGUAGUCAUUAUAUUUACCCCCAAGUGAUUAAGGUCUUGUUAGCUGUAGCUUUCCAUGUUUUUGUAGCUAACAUUAUAAGCGCCUGUGUGCUUCUAAACACACACACACACACACACCCUAACUCUUUAGGUAUUUUAUGUAUAAAAGUUAAAAAUUCCUGUUAUAAAUACAUACUUUAAUUCAGUAACUUAGACUGCAAGUUCUCCUUGUUUGCAAAAAAAGCAAUCUAUUGUGAAGAUAACAUUUCUGUUAUUUAAAGUUAGAAAUCACUAAGUCUCCAUUUGCUACAUCAUUUUCUUUUUUGUUAUUUGGCUGGUAAACAUUCUAAUGAUGUUCAUAGCCCCUUUUCUACCACUUAGCUGAAAACUGAAUUAAUUUUGGGAUGUUAGUUAUCCAGUUCGACACUUAAACAUAUGUUUUUAUAAGGGGCUGAGCCCUGCAUAGUUUUGAUUUUUUUUUUUUUUUUUUUUUUUUUUUUAUAGUCCAUUCAUAAUUUUGGAAUGUAAAACUAAUAAAUGGAACUUGAUUUGCUAAAGUUGCUUUGAACAGAAAUGGAUAAUUGCCUAUUUCAGUGGACUGAACUAAUAGACUUGCAGUCAAAGUAGAUAGGUAGGGAAGCAAUAAGUGGGAAUUUUGCUUACCAUUUUAAAGUAAGGACUUUACAUUAAAAAGGUUUUCUGAUUUUAUAUUUGGCAGCAUAUUGUGCAGCAUUACCAAAGAACAAUUGCCAAAAAAAGUGAAAUACUGUAUAGUUCUCUAAGGGUGACAUUUUAAUUUGUGUCAUUUUAUAAAGUCUUUUGUUGGGGAAAGAACAUAGUAUACAAUAUAUUUAUUCUAUGCCUGAGGACUUGGUAAUCGCAUCUGAAAACACUACUUCAAUUUCUUGUAGGGUUAUUUAUUAAUUUACUUGAGAAAUCUGUAUAUUAAGGCAUGCAGAUCUGAAAGAAAGACUACAAAAUUAAUUAUUAUUUUUCUUAAAACUGGGACACCUACAUUUUAAGCAUGACCUGAAUAUUGUUGUGAAUUUUUUUAAUAGUUUUUUGUCUCCAGCUGAUACUUUUUUUCUAAUUGUGAUAUAUAUAUAUAUAUAUAUAGACAUUGUCAUAAACAAUAUAGAUAUGUUAGUGUUGCUGUUUAGUCAGGGCUUUAUGCAAAUAUAUUGAAGAGACAGCAUGAGCUAAGAAGUAUACAGUACAUGCAUUUUCCCUAAAGACCAUGCAACUUCUUGAAGGGAGGUAAAAUGUAUUUUUAAUUGAAACAAUUAAAGGAGAGAAAACUGUUACAUUUUUUAUAUUAAUUUUGUAAAGUGCAGCACAGUACAGUCUCACACAGGAGUAGACAAGUGAUGCAUGCAUUAUAUAAAACUGGAGUUUUUACCCUUUGUUUCAAGUUGCAGAAUUAAAUCACUUGUGUAGAUUGCAUGUUUAUCCAGUCACACUGUACCACUAUACUUGCCUGUGCAGGCAGGAGCAUUCAUCAAAUAUCUAUGUAUUUUGUGUUUAUAAAUUCAUCAUAUAUACAUUGGUGGAGUGUGCAUUUCAUGUGUAUUAUAAAUUUGAUGCAUGUCUUUAGUUUUGAAAAUUUUUAGACUAAUGUACAUUCCACUUUUUUUUUUUUUUUUUUUUUUUUUUUUUAAAGGUUUAAUUUUUGUGUUCUGAUCAGUAUGGUGAUGCACCUGAAAGUGCAACAAUACCGUCAGCCAGCUUAAAGGUCAAGGAUCUACUCUUUUGUAAUUUUUUUUUCUUUUUGUGUGAAUGUCUGUCUUGGUAUCAAACCCUCCAUCACCACCCUGUUCAGUUACAUAUACUGCUACAGGGCUAAGAAGUAUUCACUGGUAAUUUUUUGUUUGAGUGACACUGUGUAGAAAGGAAUUCUAUCAGUAACUGAAGGCCAUUUAGCUACCCUGAUGCACUUGUUUCCUGCCUUUUUAAAAUUUUAAAUAAUUGUAAAUUAGUGUAAACUUCUGAAGUUUUUUUUUUUUUUUAAAUAUCACAUUUAUUAUAAACCUCCUUUUCUUUGUGACCUAGUUAGUUUAAUAAAUGUUGUAUUUACUAUUGUUUAUCCACAGAAAUGGUGCAGUAGAAUAUGGAAUAAUGAAGUGUGAAAAACAGCUGAUUGUAUUUUGUGUUAUGAUCUUGUUUUGCAAUACAAAGUAUUCUAAAGUAAUUUUUACUUUUAUUUAACAACUAUUUUUGUAAACCUAGCCCUGCACCCCUCCCAAAGCUCAAAGAAAAGUAUGUAAAAGCUAGCAGAAUUAAAGUUUGAGACAUGCUAUUCCAGUAACUGUUGCCAAGUUAAGUAUAUUUUGUUGUUAACAUGUUACUCAUAUAAAAUUUUCAGUAUUAUAAUUUUCAAGCUGUACUACCGGGUUUGUUCAUAAAUAAAGUCUUAACCAUCUUAGACUUCA